UAUGCUUUAAUUUAUCUCAAGUUGUUUUACUUUUUUUUUAAAUUAAAAAAAAAUGUACAAAAUUUUGAGAUAAAUUGGAUCAUUAAAGUGGAAAAACAGCUCGAAUUGGCGCUUGAGUUAAUUUUUCUAAAUUUAGCUAAAGAAUUAAAUGUCAAAGAACAAAUUUUUUUCAGAUCUCGUGGACGUGGCUUGGUUACGAAACUUAAUGACAAUUUGAAAACCACUCCUCAGCAAGAAAAGGAGAAAGUAAUAAAUAAUGUAAAUCCUUCAGCUACACAGGAAAUAAAGAUGAAUUCUGAGAUUCAAUGCGAUAAGGAAACUAGCUCUGUCAAAAUAUCAACGUCAUUUGAUACUUUGGCUCCUUUAAGUGCUAGUUAUAAUACUACAGGAUAUGAUUCUGAUUCUUCAAAGCCAGUUAAAGUAAAAUCUCGAUGGCGAAGAUCAAGUGAGCUUGAAAUGGGUGGAUCAAGUGCGGGAUUUGUUUCUGUCAUUGCUCCUAUGACAUCUAUAGCGUCAUCUGAAUUAGAAAAUUGUGCAUCAAUAAUCACAGGAGAAUCUACAUCAUUGGAAUCAAAAGAUAAUAAUACGAAUAUAAAAUCGGAAACAGAACAAGAUAAAGAUGCAUCAAUGACGUCUAAUAACUGUUCAUUAAUAGAAAUUCCGAAAACUAUAGGUGCGAAGAUUCCUUUGCCAAUGCUUCUUGAAGCAGAAAAUAGGGAAAUGGAGGAAAGACUGAGUCAAUUUGAACAUCUGCGUGAAAACUUGUAUCUUACUGAGAGGUAUACAAAUAAAGAAACUAAAAGAAUGGUAUGUGAUUGUUUUCUAACUGAAGAAGACAUUGAGAGAGGUGAACAUGGUUGUGGAGAAGACUGUCUUAAUAGACUUCUCAUGAUAGAAUGUGGACCUAGAUGUGUAGUAGGUGACAGAUGUACAAAUAAAAGAUUUCAAAAUUGUGAAUAUGCCAAAUGUGAAGUGUUUCGAACAGAAAAAAAAGGUUUUGGAUUGCGCGCUGUUGUCGAUAUAAUGGCGGGUGAGUUUAUAAUGGAAUAUGUGGGUGAGGUGGUAGAUCCAAAAGAUUUUAAACGCCGGGCGAAAGAAUAUUCCAAAGACAAAAAUAAACAUUACUAUUUUAUGGCAUUGAAAUCAGAUCAGAUUAUAGAUGCUACCAUGAAAGGAAAUAUAUCCCGAUUUAUCAAUCAUAGUUGUGAUCCAAACGCGGAAACACAAAAAUGGACAGUAAAUGGAGAAUUACGAAUAGGCUUUUUUAAUACAAAAUUGAUAGCUGCGGGUGAAGAAAUCACAUUUGAUUAUCAUUUUCAACGUUAUGGCAAAGAAGCUCAAAAAUGUUAUUGUGAGGCGCCAAACUGCCGAGGUUGGAUAGGUGAAACACCUGAAGAAGAAAAGGAAAAGAUUGAAAAGAAAGAAAAACGUGAAAAAGAUACGAAGAAGAAAAAGGAGGAAAAGAAACCUGCCGAUUAUAUGGAAGAUGAGGAUUUGGAAGAAGAAAUAGACAAAUUAUGUUUGGGCGGUUUUAAAAACCGUGCACAUACGCUAACGUUGAGCAGAUUAAUGGUUCGUAGCAGAGAGUUAGAACACAGAACGCGCUUGUUACGUCUUAUACAAGAUGGUGAACAACCUUGUCGAAGAUUGUUCUUGGACUAUCACGGUUUACGUUUGAUUUGGAGUUAUGUGAUGGAUAUUUCUACAAACGAAUCAGAAGAGGCUCAACAUUUCCGUUUGGAAGUUCUAAAGACUCUCAAUACACUGCCAAUACCGAAUAAGACAAUGUUAAAAGAUAGCAAAAUAUAUGAGGUAGUUGAAAGAUGGUCGAAAAGAUUGUAUCUUUCUCCAAAUGGCGAUUCUCCAGAAGACGAUCAGGUUAAAUCGAAAACGAUUUGUGAAGACUCAAACAGUACCUCUGAUAGCAACGAGAAAAGAAGCCCUGAUGAACGUCUGAAUGACAUUCCAGAUAAGCAUAAUAACAAUGCCGAAAGUUGUUUGCCGAUUAAUGAAGCUAAAUUAGAAACUAUAGAGCAGAAUGUCAUUCCUGAUUUAGCUUCUAGCCUUCUGGCUGAAUGGUCGAAUUUAAAAGAAGUUUUCAGAAUACCAAAAAAAGAAAGGAUUGAGCAAAUGAAGGAGCACGAACGAGAAGCAGAUCGGGGAUAUAGAGAAGAACUCGAAAAAGAAGAGAAGAGAGCCACAUCGUACGAUAGACAUAGAUCUGAUAGAUACAAUCGGAAUGAAAUAGAGAAACGUAGUGACAGACGUCGUGGUCGAGAAUCGCCAGAAACAGAAUAUGGCAGAACAAAAGAUAAAAGAGUAGAAGAACGGAGUAGCCUAGUUCCUAUACCACGUAUGACAAAGUAUGAGCGUAGGCAAUUAUUCGCAUUGAAAGUUGCGAAAGAAGAAGAGGAGAGACAACGUCGUCAACAACAAGAAUUGUGGCAAGAGCAUGAGAAUAGAUGCUUAGCAUUGGGUAUAGAUCCUCAUACCACUGCCAUGGUUGAUCCACAAACUGGUUAUCCUGUGUUUUAUAAUCCGACAUUAGGUCAAUGGCAACAUUAUUCCUCUCAAGAUGGAGGAGACGUAGCGCAACAGUGCACUUCUGUAUACGUAGAAGGUCCUCAAUCUGCCGGUAUAAUAGGCCAAAGUCCUCACGUAUUACCGUCAACACCUGACAUGUCAUCUGGAAUUCCACCUUCUGGCGUGCCACCUGUAGCAUAUUCCUUAAGUCAAGCGCCUGGAUUCAACCAAACAUCUUACUCUUUGAUUUCACAUCCACAAACAUAUCCCGAAGGACAACUAUCUCUUUCAAAUAAUCAACAGUUUUCCAACAUUACACCCGUGGAAAAUGUUACGAGUCGACCGCAACCUGAAAUUCCACCAAUAGAUCUACCACCAAAAUGGAAAAGUGCAGUAGACAGCAGAGGUAGAACGUACUAUUAUCAUGUAAAAGAAAGAAUAUCACAAUGGUUACCUCCACCACCCGAUCAUAUCGGAGUACAGCCGGACUCGUCAUCUACUUCGGAAUCUAGCGAAGAAUCUAGUUCGUCAAACGAAGAAGACGAAGAUAUUGAUGAUGAUCAUAACGAGGAUCAAAAGAAUGAUGAUAUGGAAAUGAGUAACGUUUUAUCAGAAAAUAUUGUGAGUGCAUCUAAACCAAAUAUAACUAAAAAAGUAGGUAAUCUUAAUUUGACCGGAAGUUCGUUACCAUUUCCUGAGUCUAAAAAAAGAAGAGAUGGAUUGGUCCAAGAAAGAAUUAUUAGUCCACGUAGAGAAGAGGACCGUAUUGAUUCUAAAGUUUAUAAAGAAAUAAAAGAGAAACUACGACGACAGAAAGAAAGAGCAAAACUGAAAGACCAACUGAGAAAACACAGACGGAGCAUAAAGGUGAAGACUCAUUCCCGACAUGGACUGAGCAAACAAUCGAUACCAAUAUCAGGCGAAAUGUCUCCUACAUCUGAACGAAAGAUUAAAGAUGCAUUUAGAACAAACAUGGCGAAUGUAAUGGUUCACUUCUUGAAUCCGUAUAGAAAAACUGAUUGCAAGCAAGGCAGAAUAACCAAUACUGAAGAUUUUAAGCAUCUAGCUAGAAAGUUAACACACUUUGUACUAGCAAAAGAAUUAAAGCACUGUAAAAGUGUGGACGAGUUGCAGUGUAAUGAGAAUGUUAAACAUAAAGCGAAAGACUUUGUACGUAAGUACAUGAGCAAGUUCGGCGCAGUGUAUCAAAAGAGUACUGAUGACGAUUAACUAUGUAAUUUAUAAAAUGGUGACAAUUGUUAUUUAUUGUGCGAGCUCUGUGCGCUAUUUCUCUGCAAUCUCGGACUAUUGUGAGAUAUAUUUAGAUAACGUAUGGGAGAUGUUUGUAAUUGUAUGAUUGUAAAAUAGAAAAGUUUGUAUAUGUGCGUGAUACACGGUUUUUUAUGAUUUAGCAGUUAAUAAACUAGCAAAUUUUUUAAUUUUCAAUAUUUUUUGUGUAAAUUGUACACACGUUUGUAUGUACAUGCAAACUAUGCACACACAGACAGACACAACGUACACUCACAAAUGUACGAUAUCUUUUAUAAGUAAAUAUAACUUAUGUGCUUCUAUAUGUAUAUUAGCGCUCGGAAAUUUUAGAAACGUUCGAAUUUAAUUAAUUAAGAAUUGCUCAGAAGUUCAAUUGUUUGGAGAGUUCGAAUCUGUUUGACGAAUUAUAUAUACAUAUAUAUAUAUAUGUAUAUAUAUAUGUAUAAAAGUAGACGAUAAAGAAAUUUAUUUGUUUCUUUCUCUUGACCUAUUUCGAACUGUUCAAGCUAGUUGUUCGUGUUUCUGCUUCGAACUGUGAGUAAUUUGUAUUUCGUUCGAAUCUAUUGUCUCUGAGCUCUAAUAUAUGUAUGCCUAUAUGUACG